AGUCAAAGUCAGCAGACAUGAAGGAAGCAGCUGCUCAGCGUCUGAUCUUUCUGAUCUCACUGCUGUUCUGGACAUCAGGUCAAGUCCUCCCAGUUCGUCUGACUGUGAGUCCCAGCAGAUCUCAGUUCUUUCAAUAUGAAUCAGUGACUCUGAUCUGUGAGGAUGAAAACAGAUCUGAUGGAUGGACUGUGAGGAGAAACACAAGCAGAGACACCAGGAACCGAUGUGGAGAUGAUGGAUUUGGUAGUUCAGCUGGUUCUGCCUGCAGCAUCAGAACCUUGUUUGAACAUGACACUGGUCUGUACUGGUGUGAGUCCAUGUCUGGAUCCUCCAGCAGCAGCAGCAGCAUCCAGCUCUCUGUCUCUGGUGGAUCAGUGAUCCUGCAGAGUCCUGUCCUCCCUGUGAUGGAGGGAGAUGACGUCACUCUGAGCUGCAGAGCAAAGAAUCCAACCCACAACCUCCCAGCUGCUUUCUAUAAAGAUGGCUCCUUCAUUGGUAAUGAAACUACUGGCAACAAGAUUCUCAACUCAGUGAAGAAAUCUGAUGAAGGCCUCUAUAAAUGUAAUGUCAAAGGUCAUGGAGAGUCUCCAUCCAGCAGGAUCUCUGUCAAAGAGAAACCUCCAACCACCUGUCCACCUUCCUCCUCCUCCUCUUCCUCAGAGAAACUCACCAACAUCUCUGACUCUACAGUCACACCUGGUCCAGGUUCUUCCUCCAUCCUUCCCAUUGUUGGAUCUGUUAGUGGUUUGGUUAUCCUGGUGUUGCUGGUUGUUGUGGUUUUACUGGUGAGACGACUUCAUAACAAACCUAAAGGUGAUGAAGGAGGAAGAGGAGAGGAUGACAUCACUUCCAGAAACAUCAGGAUCUCCAAAGGCAGCAAAGCAACUGCAGUUUAUUCAGCAGUAAAAACAGGAGAAGUGACUUAUGGAGAGAUAAUCAUGAAUGAGAAGAAGAAGAAACCGAAGGCCAGAGAGAAUCAACCAGACCCAAAUCUUCUCUACUCCUCAGUGAGGUCGCCCAGAGUUGACCUCUGACCUCCAGCAGCUGUUAGCUUCUCAUCGCUGAGUCAGAUCUACUGGGAUUUAGCUGGACUGGUUUCCAGUAGCAGCUCAGGAAACCAGUAGCAUGAGCUAAGUGUUGCAUUCAGAGACUGGGCUAACGGCUAACAGCAGCCCAAGCUAACAACAAGCUAACAACAAGCUAAUUCUUUGCUUUUUAUGUAUUUUAACUGAGCAGCAACAUGUUGACCAGCAGAGGAAAUAAAACAUUUCAUUCCAGCAGCUGUUACUGUGCGGCGGCCAUGUUGGAUUUUAAGCUUUGGGUUUAAAUGUUUGAAUGUUUUUAAUCUGGAAAUUUAAAGUUUCAGAUUAGCUUCAUGCUAAUUUAGCUUCUGAAGAUGGAAAGGAUUUUAUUUUAAACUUUACAAUAAAUAAUUUCCUGGUGUCUCAGAAUUUGCAUCAAAUAAUAAAUGAAUGAAUUUAUUCUGUUUUUUAUGUAACUUUAAUGUCAUGUUAGUCUCAGGUUUAGAGGUGAUUUUAUAAUAAUUUAAUUUCUACUAAACUCUUGUUUGUGUUUAGUUCAGAGACAACAGAUGUCAUUUUGUUACUGUUACCCUGAACAGAUUGAAUUACAAUAUAAAUCUUAAUUUACUGAUAAAACAGCAGAAAAUGAGUUAAUGGUGAAAACUGAAGAUUCUGCUGUUAUUUGAUCAGCUUUAAAUCCAGACAUGGUGGCUGAAGCUGAACAUCAGAGUCUGAUUUAUCCUGAUGGAUGAGAAGCUGGAGAUCCUAAAAUACUGAUUUCACUCAGACAUGAAGCUUCUUUAAAACUGUUUCAUGAACUAAAAGAGGAUUUUCAGUUUUUAUCAGCUCUGAGUUCAGAUGGAGGUUUUAUUUACAGCUGAGAGCUUCAGUGAUGAAGGAGUGAUGAAGAGGAGGCUGAUCUCACUCAGCUUCAUCACUCAGGUUGAGAUCAGCCUGACUGAUAAUAUGACCUGAACUUUAAGUCUUUUAUUUCAUCAUCUAACUUCUGGUUUCAGUAACUUAAUGCAGCCUGUAGAUAAACCAACAUCAGCAGCAGAAACUCGGCUUCUUGUCUCACUGUUUCUGUUUUUCUCCUCAUUGUGGAAAAAGUUUGACCUUUGACCUUCUUCUUCCCAUCGUUGCUUCAGGCUCUGAUGUUUCCAGACUUUUCUUCAUCUGUUGGCUCCUUUAAUCAGCCAUCAGGUUAAAUCAGCUCCUUUUAGCCUCUCAGUUUUCACCAUAACUCCACAUUUAUGGUUAUUUUUAACAUCUAAAAUCAGAAAAUCACAUGUUGCAGCUGCUAGCUGAACAUUUCUGCUCAUUUUUUCUGAUCAUAAUUUUAGCAGCGAACCGUUUUUCUCCUCUGUGGUGAAAUGUGUUUAUUGUUGCUGAUAGAGACGAGAAGCCGAUCAGUUCCUCUUCUCUACAUGAUUUAUAUUUAGUGAUUAAAAAACUGUGAAAACUU